AUGAGCAAAGCACCAGAAAUUCAUUUUCCAAAACUGGAGAAACCUUCAGGCAAGAAACAAACAACGACAGUUGUUGUGGGAGCUUUAGCAGUCGCAUGGUUGGCGGUAGAGUUCGUGCUUAAGCCACUGCUCAGCAAACUUAACUCAUCAAAGGAUAAAUCCGUUUCCGAGGAUGCCACAGCUCCUCCCGCGGCCGACGCUGACGCAGCUCCUCCCGCGGCCGACGAUGCCACAGCUCCUUCUGCGUCCGACGCCUGAAGGUGAGAAUGGCCUCUGCGGUAUAGAGGUCUUAAAACUGCUUCGUAAUCAGUCGUAUUUAUAAGCAAUAUGGUUUUGUGUGUUUAUGUUGUUGUUUCUUCUUCUGUAACAUUGUUCGGUUUUUAUUGCCUUGACGAUGAUUUUAAGUUAAGGUAAUCUCGUUUUUCUCUUUUCUUUUGUAAUAAAAUUCCCGAGAUGGAAUUAAUAAAAUACGAUGUAAUUUGUUUCAUUUUCCUAAUUGCCUUUUGGGCUUUGUUUAUAUACCACCAGUAAAAUGAUUUAUGAGUCAUUUCAUAUCUCUUUUUCAUUAUGGUAAUUAUCAACUUGGUCAUUUCAUGUACCUUCCUCUUUGUAUCAACAGUUUUUUUUUUUUUAUUCCAAAG